CCGCGAGAUCCCUCUGCCUGCCUCGCCUGCCUGCCUCGAUCCCACAUGACCUCUGUCGCCGCCGCCGUUGCCUGCCUGGCUGAUCGCCUCGUCAUCUUCCCUGCCUCCCGAAUCCACGCGUGGGUGGCCUCACUGGCGGGCUCGGUAGGAGGCUCAGGCGUAGCGGGCUCGGUUGCUUCAUCGGAGUCAGAAUUGAAUAGGAAAAGGUCUAUUUUAGUAGUGGAAAGGGGGCUUCAAAUAUGCAAUACUGCGUGUGUUGGAUUCUGCAUUAAAUAAUGCAAGAUUUUACAUAUGGCAUGAAGACUGCUUACUAAAAUUGCCUGCCGAGAGAAUUACACGUUACUGGAUCACAUGAUGGCGCUAGCUCCGCUUAUGAUAAGGCUCCCGCCACUAGAGCCGCUUUUGGGAUAGCG